GGAAUGUCCCCCGAUGUGCUUGGCCUUCAAUUGAAAUUUCGUCAUGGUCAUUGAAAAAAUUCCCAUGCCAACAAGCAGCAUGAGGAGGUAUGGUAGUAUGGGACUGCCAAUUGGUUGUACUGAGCCAUCUUGAACCGCCGCACAAAAUUCUUAAAGCCGCAAGGGUCCACACAGAUCCGUUAACGUCUUUCUUUAUCAAACGCAGCCAUUGAUGCAAGGAAGACUAGCCCUCUAGGUCCCGCGGUAGUCCGUUUCCCUCUUCCGCCUUCGGUCUAGGAGUCUCCUCGUGACAGGAAGGUGUGACUCUUGAAAAACUUUCUGAUCUUAUAAGAGCUCUUCCCCGACUCUUGCAUUCAACUACAGACCAGACUCCCAGCUCCAAACACCCCAGGACAAAUACUUCCAACAACCAUGUCUCCCAUCGCCCUAACACCCCCCAAUGAUGGCGACACUGUCACCGACCUCACAAGCUCUGGCAUUCAGCACGCGCUUGAGAAGUCAGCUCCUUCGCAAUUGAAGUCGGCAUCCCUCACAAACACCAUCACCGCCACACCGCCACCAGAGCGGGAUAUCAAGGCGCAGGUAGACGAAUCGCCCCUCGCGGAACUGGAUGCCUCCAAAGUGUCAUGCACGUACACUGAUGCUCCACGACCUGUUCCCGCCCUGGGCUCGGCCGAGAUGGCUUCCCAGAAAGUUUGCACCGACCAUAUGAUCCAGGCCAAAUGGACAGUUGAGGAAGGCUGGGCUGCGCCAACUCUCCAGCCGUACGGCCCAAUCUCCCUGGCACCUACAGCAUCAUGCCUGCACUACGCAACUGAGUGCUUCGAGGGAAUGAAGCUCUACCGCGGCCAUGAUGGCAAGCUUCGUCUCUUCCGCCCGGAUCUGAACUGCAACCGCAUGCUCAUGUCGACAAACCGCAUCGCUCUUCCUGCCUUCCCGCCUAAGGAGCUGCUCAAGCUCAUCGUCAAGCUGUGCGAGACGGAUGGCGCCAAGUGGCUGCCUAAAGACCGCCCCGGCAGCUUCCUGUACAUUCGCCCUACUAUGAUCGCCUCGGACCCAGCUCUUGGUGUCGAGCGACCCAAGGAGGCCCUUCUCUUCGUCAUACUCUGCUGCUUCGCUCCCAUGGGCGACAUGUCUGGUGGAAUCAAGCUCCUUGCAUCUCAGGAUGAUAUGUGCCGUGCGUGGCCUGGCGGUUUUGGAUAUGCGAAGGUCGGUGCGAACUACGGACCUUCUCUCGUUGCACAGGGCGAGGCAAGAGCUCGGGGAUUCCAUCAGAUCCUGUGGCUUUUCGGCGAGGACUGCACUGUCACUGAGGCUGGUGCUAGCAACUUCUUUGUCGUCUGGCGCACAAGAGAGGGCAAGCUGCAGCUUGUUACUGCAGAUCUGAACGAGCGCAUCGUUCUGGAUGGUGUGACACGCCGAUCUAUCCUCGAGCUUGCACGCACAAAAUUGACAGCUGGACACGAGGAUCUCGAGGCCGUUGAGGUUGUCGAGCGCAAGUUCAACAUCUUCGAGCUCCUAGAGGCUGCCAAGGAGGGUCGUCUCGUUGAGGCUUUCGCUGCUGGCACAGCCUGGUUCGUUACUCCCAUCAGCCAGAUCCACUUCCGUGGCGAUGAUAUCGAAGUUCCCAUGGUCAAGGGCCAGGUUGGUGCGUACGCCGAUGUUGUGAGGACAUGGCUGAAGGGCAUCAUGUGGGGAAGUGAUGGCAUGGAGGGCCACGAGUGGGGUCACGUUGUCAACGAGCAGUAGAAGGCUCGACACACAGGCAACGUUACAUUCUGCGACAUUUAGACCGAAAAGGCGCGGAUGUCUCAAAAAUGGGUGGAACAAAAGCCUGAAGUGCUGUUUUCUUGUACAUACAUAGCAUGGCGCUGGGCGUUCUGGUUUCGCGUCACGGGAAUAGACGAAUAACAACCAAUACCAACA